AUGGCUAUGAAAAGAAAGACCAGCGAGGUGUCCGCCAAGACAACAGCGUUGAUCAUUGAUGGAGCGUAUGCACGCAUCCAUGGUCGCAGUCUGGGCGGAAAUAUCGAUUUCAGCCGUCUCCGAACGGAGCUAGAGGAGAUCGCGUCAACCGAGUUUGAUGAGUGCUGGUACUUCGACAGCCAACGUAGAGAUGCGCCAGGCAACAGUCAAUUGGCUUCAGAGUUCCAUGCCCUGAAGUAUGCUCGCCCAAGAGGGCCCCAGCUUCAAGUGGAGAUCUACUCGACCAAGCCGCGCAGCUGCAAAUGCACGAGCUGCGGACACAAGUUUAACCAGAAUGUGCAGAAGGGUGUCGACAACGGGAUAGCUACAAAGCUGCUUACCUUGACGUUGACGCGUAAUAUUGAGCGCGUCAUUUUAGUCAGUGGCGAUGGAGACUUUUAUACCUCUUUACGCUACGUUCGCAAUGAACUGGCGAGAGAAGUCUGGGUAGUCGGUUUCUUGGACACUGUGUCAGGGGAUCUACAACAAUUGGCGUCACAAAUAAUGUGGAUCGACGAAAUGUGGGGCGACGCGACCAAGCGAGAAGCGACUACGGUGAGUGCCCUCAUCUCAAUUUUGCUCAUGUGGGUUCUGGACGUGGUGGCGGGCGACGGCGCGGACACGACCUUCUACCUUGUGGCGGGCGAGUGGAGCGUGGGGCGUAAGCGCUGCCAUUUCAACUUUCACGCGGACUCGUCCAUCUCGCGCACACACGCGCUGAUCCGCGUCGGGGCUUUGACUCCUGAGCAGCUUAGAGAUCCAUCGACGCGUCCAACAUUGGAAUUGGUGGACAAGAACUCUCGUUUCGGCUCCUUCGUGAACCAGGAACAGAUCUUCGGGACGCGCAUCUUGCGUCAUGGCGACCAGAUCUCGUUUGGCGCAAAGAAGACGGUGCUGCGAGUGCGCUAUCAAGUGUUCGUACUCGUGGCCUCACGCAUUCAACGGGCCAAUCGAGUGCAAGUGAACGACACGUGCCAGCGUCUCGGCAUGCACUUGGUUGCGGCGGAGAGCAAGGACGCUACACACUGUAUUAUGGACCCAGGUCGCAUUGUGGCGACUGUGAAGGUGCUCUGGGCGCUGGUAUACAACCAACCGGUGGUGUGCACGCCGUGGAUCUACGCCAUUUUGAAUCGCUCGAGUCUGCCCGAGCCGUUGCCACGAUGUGAAGAGUUUCUGCCUUCAGACCCGCUUGUCCCUUCAGUAGAGAGCAACUAUCUGCCGAAUUCGCUCCGCAAGUCACUGUUUCAAGGAUACGCAGUCGUGUUUCUAACCCCGCAAUCCAUGCAAGAGCUCAUCCCGGCUAUGGGUGGUGUAGUGGCUGCUGCCUACAAGGGCUUUGAGGAGGAUGAUAACUUGCUGCUGGAACAUGAAGACGACGAUGUAAAAUCAAGCAGAGAAGAUGACGACGAGGAUGUUGACGCUGCGGAUGUGACGAUUAAGGAGAACUCUGAACAGCAAACUGAUCCUCUCUACGAGGAGGCCAAACGUGACAUGUUCGAGGACAGCAACAUCAACAUCGUGCAGAUCCCCUCUUUGGACGAGGCGCAAAUGCGACGUACGGUGAUUUCAAGCUUUCCUUGCAACGGAGAUGUCACUUACUCUGUUGCGGUGUGGGGCCAUAUUGUUUUCUUACGUGAUAGAAUCUUUGACUCCUAA